AUGUGCGAUCCAUUCCUCCACCGAGUCUCUUUGUCCAAUGCUACCAGCAACUCCUCAAACUCUUCAAAACCCCACAAAACAGAGACCAAAAAACAGAGCAAAACCAAGAGAACCAGAGAGUGCAGCAAGCACCCGGUUUACCACGGGGUGAGAAUGCGGAACUGGGGCAAAUGGGUGUCAGAAAUUCGCGAGCCACGCAAGAAAUCACGCAUCUGGCUUGGCACUUUUUCCACUCCUGAAAUGGCAGCACGAGCACACGAUGUUGCAGCUUUGAGCAUUAAGGGACACUCUGCGAUUCUGAACUUCCCAAAGAUAGCUGAGAUGCUCCCUAGACCCCUCACGCUUACCCCACGUGACAUCCAAGCCGCGGCUGCUGAAGCCGCCGCCAUGGUGGAAUUCGACCCUCCCACAUUAGAAGAAGGGUCAGAGUCUUCAGAGCUGAGCGAGAUUGUUGAACUACCUAACAUAGAAGAGAGCUUCGACUCGGUGAACUCGAGAACUGAGUUCAUAUUUUCUGAGAUGAUGUUUGGGGAACAGAGUUUUAUUAUAGACUGUGAGUGUGGGAUUCCAGUUUGGGAUUUAUGAUUACGAAUGUGAUUCACCAAUUUCAUAUUUGGUUCAGUUUAGUUUUUGAAGUUUAGUCAUUUCAAUUUUUUCAAAGGAUAAACUAAACUAAACUGAUUAUUCUCACUUUUGUUAUCGUCAAUGGCUCUUUACUAUUUUUUA